AUGGAAAAGGUUUUGGAUAAAAAGAAAUCUUUUAUUCUAGAACAAAUUCAAACAAAAAAGAAUACAUUUCAACAAUUUGGAAUUACUGUUGCUGGAGGAAAUGGACCCGGACAGAAAUUGAAUCAACUCUCUAGUCCUUGGGGGAUGUUUAUUGAUAAUGAUAAAUCAAUUUAUAUUGCUGAUUAUUAUAAUCAUCGUAUUGUUAAGUGGAAACUGAAUUCAAAUGAAGGUCAAAUCAUCGCAGCUGGAAAUGGAGAAGGAAAUCAAAAUAAUCAGGUGUAUUGGCCAAAAGAUAUAAUUUUUGAUAAAAAAAAUAAUUCUUUUAUUGUUUCUGAUUGGGGAAACAGACGAAUAAUUCGAUAUUAUGAUCAAAAUCAGACAAAUCCACAAAUUAUUAUUUCACAUACUAAUUGUUUUGGUCUGACAAUGGAUAAAAAUGGAUUUAUUUAUGUUUCUGAUCGUGGAAAUCAUGAAGUAAGACGAUGGAAACAAGGAGAUAAAAAAGGUGAAUUAGUUGCAGGUGGAAACGGUGAAGGAAAUCAUCUCAAUCAACUCAGUUAUCCAUAUUGUAUCUUUAUUGAUGAUGAUUAUUCUCUUUAUAUAUCAGAUGAAAGGAAUCAUCGUGUAAUGAAAUGGAAAAAAGAUGCUAAAGAAGGAAUUAUUGUUGCUGGUGGAAAUGGUCAAGGAAAUAGUCUCAAACAAUUAUCUUGUCCUGAAGGAGUGAUUGUUGAUCAUUUGGGUCAAAUCUAUGUGGCAGAUACUGGGAAUCAUCGAAUAAUGCGUUGGUGUGAAGGAGAUAAAGAGGGUGAAAUUGUUGUUGGUGGAAAUGGUCAAGGAAAUCAAUCAAAUCAAUUGAAUCUUCCCAUGGGUUUAUCAUUUGAUAAUGAAGAAAAUCUUUAUGUUGUUGAUUUUGGAAAUGAUCGAGUCCAAAAAUAUGAAAAACUUUGA